ACCAGUCAAAAGUUUGGACACACCUACUCAUUCCAGGUUUUUCUUUAUUUUUAAUAUUUUAUACAUUGUAGAAUAAUAGUGUAGACUUAAACUAUGAAGUAACCAAAAACUGUUAACCAAAUCAAAGUCUAUUUUAUAUUAGAUUCUUCAAAGUAGCCACCCUUUGCAGAGUGGUGCAGCGGUCUAAGGCACUGCAUCUCAGUACUAGAGGUGUCACUACAGGCCCUGGUUCGAUUCUGGGCUGUAUCACAACCGUCUGGGAUUGGGAGUCCCAUAGGGUGGCGCACAAUUGGCCCAGCGUUGUUAGGGUUUGGCUGGGGAAAGCCGUCAUUGUAAAUAAGAAUUUGUUCUUAACUGACUUGCCUAGUUAAAUAAAAAAUGACAGUGUUGCACACUUGGUGCUCUCUCAACCAGCUUCACCUUGAAUGCAUUUCAAUUAACAGGUGUGCCUUCUUAAAAGGUAAUUUGUGGAAUUUCAUUCCUUCUGAAUGCGUUUGAGCCAAUCAGUUGUGUUCUGACAAAGUAGGGGGGUAUACAGAAGAUAGCACUAUUUGGUAAAAGACCAAGUCCAUAUUAUGGCAGGAACAGCUCAAAUAAGCAAAGCGAAAUGACAGUCCAUCAUUACUUUAAGACAUGAAGUUCAGUCAAUCCGGAAAUGUUUUAUAACUUUGAAAGUUUCUUCAAGUGCAGUCGCAAAAACCAUCAAGCGCCAUGAUGAAACUGGCUCUCAUGAGGACCACCACAGGAAAGGAAGACCAAGAGUUACCUCUGCUGCAGAGGAUAAGUUCAUUAGAGUUAACUGCACCUCAGAUUGCUGCCCAAAUAAGUUAAACAGACACAUCUUAACACCAACCGUUCAGAGUAGACUUUGUGAAUCAGGCCUUCAUGGGGAAAUUGCUGCAAAGAAACCACUACUAAAGGACCAAUAAGAAGAGACUUGCUUGGGCCAAGAAACACAAGCAAUGGUCAUUAGACCGGUGGAAAUCUGUCCUUUGGUGUGAUGAGUCCAAAUUUGAGAAUUUUGGUUCCAACCACCGUGUCUUUGUGAGAAGUAGAGUAGGUGAACAGAUGAUCUCUGCAUGUGUGGUUCCCACCGUGAAGCACAGAGGAGGUGGUGUGAUGGCGCUUUGAAUUAACUUAUAAUUCAAGUCACACUUAACCAGCAUAGCUACCACAGCAUAAUGCAACGAUACACCAUCCCAUCUGGUUUGCACUUAGUGGGACUAUCAUUUGUUUAUCAACAGGACAAUGACCCAACAUACCUCCAGGCUGUGUAAGGGCUAUUUGACCAAGAAGGAGAGUGAUGGAGUGCUACAUCAGAUGACCUGGCCUCCACAAUCACCCGACCUCAACUCAAUUGAGAUGGUUUGAGAUGAGUUGGACCGCAGCGUGAAGGAAAAGCAGCCAACAAGUGCUUAGCAUAUGUGGGAGCUCCUUCAAGACUGUUGGAAAAGCAUUCCUCAUGAAGCUGGUUGAGAGAAUGCCAAGAGUGUGCAAAGCUGUCAUCAAAUCAAAGGGUGGCUGCUUUUGAAGAAUCUAAAAUAUAUAUUGAUUGGUUUAACACUUUUUUGGUUACUACAUGAUUCCAUAUGUGUUAUUUCAUAGUUUUGAUGUCUUCACUAUUAUUCUACAAUGUAGAAAAUAGUACAAAUAAAGAAAAACCCUGGAAUGAGUAGGUGUGUCCAAACCUUUGACUGGUACUGUAUUUUCUCUAUUGAUUUCAUUUAUUCUGUGAUUCAUUCUGUGAAUAGUUUACCUCCCUAAAGAAACUCUGUCUCAGAAUGACUAGCCAUGAGAAAAAUGAAAUGAAUGUAUUUUGGUGAAGUUGAGACGGCCACACAUACACCCUUGCCUGCCAACUAGCGUUCAGAUCUUUAAAUAGGUAGCUAUUUUGAUGCGAAAGCAAAACACAGUCUCUCCGAGCCUUGUGGAACACGCAUUGAAUUUGAUUUGUGGAACAGGGCAUCAGAUGGCUCUGAAGACUCCCAGGAGCGAGCAACUCUGAAGCAAAGCACUGGAAUAAAACCUACACCUGUUCAUCUCUCUAGGAUUCCUGUGAAACAAGCCUACAAUCAUUACUUUUGCUGCUCUAGAAAGAAGUAUGGAGAUGUAGUCUGUCUCCCUUGCAUGGUGAUAGAAAAUAUCCUUUAUACAGUAGGGCUCAUUUACACUGUUUUUUUCCAAGGACCGGUUCCAGCAAAACGCAGCAGCUGCAACAUAUAUAUUGUUUAAUUAUCUUCAUUCUCAGACUGGGCUUCAAACCACUUUGAAGAAAAACUGGAUUUGUAUGUAACCUGCAGAGGUAUUCUAUCAGAGCUUUAUCAGAUAUUUUAAAAGCAGAACAAAAUGUCUUUUACCUCCAAACUCCCCCCGUCCUGGAACGACAGACCCCCUCCUCGUAAGGUAGAGAUUGACCUGACAUCACCGGGGCUGGCUGUGUUUGAGCUGGAACGACUCCUGUUCACUGGGAAAGCCAUCAACAGCCAUGCAGACGAAGUGUGGCCCAGACUUUACAUUGGAGACCAGGACAGUGCUACGAAUGUCCGCCAGUUGGCCAACCAUCAUGUCACCCACGUCUUGAAUGCAAACCACAGUAAACGGCGAGACGGUGCAGAGACUUACCUGGGAAUGAACAUCAAGUACUUUGGCAUCGAGGCGCAUGACUCCUGUAACUUUGACAUGAGUGUCAACUUCCAGACUGCCGCAGACUUCAUUCACAGGGCCCUCAGUGGAGGAGGAAUUUUAACUCAAGAAGUAGAAGAUGAUGUGAUGAAGCCGUUUGGAAGGACCUACAUCCCUGCUUCCUAUGUAAAGUAUAUAGAGUCAGCGGGAAGUAGAGUGGUACCUAUCAGGUUGACUCAGAGUACUGCCGCGUAUGAGAACAUUUUCAAGUCGAUUAAUGGCCUGCUGCUCAUCGGAGGUUCGUCAGAUCUCGAGACGUCAGACUUUGCAAAGGUGGCAGGGAUCUUCUUCAGGCUUGCACUCAUGGCCAAUGAUGCUGGAGACUCCUUCCCUAUCUGGGGCACAUGUCUGGGGAUGCAACUGCUGACUUGUCUGGUGGCUGGAGAGAACCUGCUGACCAAAACCACAGCUGAGAACAUGGCCCUUCCCCUGAACCUCACCAAAGAGGCCCAUUCCAGUCAAAUGUUCCAGGGGUUCCCCAGUGAUGUCAUGAAGGCAUUAUCCCAGGAAGCUUUGACAGGGAAUUUUCACCAAUAUGGAGUGACCAUGAAGACAUUCAAGGAAAAUGAGAAGUUACAAAGUUUCUUCUCCAUCUUGUCCACGAACACAGCUGAGAAUGGUGCCAUCUUUGUCUCAACCAUGGAAGGGAGGACCUACCCCUUUUAUGGGGUCCAGUGGCAUCCUGAGGUGAACCGUUUCCAGUGGGACCCCAAACUCAACUUCCCACACUCCUCAGACGCUGUACGCGUUGCCUCCCUACUGGCUGAGUUCUUUGUCAAUGAAGGGAGGAGAAGUUUGCAUCACUUCGACCAGCCUGAGGAAGAGGCCGAGUCACUCAUAUACAACUACACACCAACCUAUGCUGGCAACUUCACUGGAUACGAGCAGAUCUACUUCUUCUGAGAUGUUGAAGUUCUGCCCUCACAACUCUAUAAUUCAUCCCUGAUGUUAUUAUGGGAUGUUAUGAGAAGUUUGCCAUGGGCACUAAUUGUUAGCUGUGACAUGUGACAUGUUCUGAAACUUCAUAUACAGACUUUUAGAAAUGUCGAGUGAUCAUUGCAGUUAAAAUGUUUUAUUAUAUGUAUAAUUGAACCACAUGAAAUGAUGAUUUUCCUGUAGGCUAAAUAAACCCCUUUAGGCCUAGUCACUGUAUGGUGGUUUAGUAGCUAGCCUACUUUGGCAUGAGAUUGAUGUUGGGCGUAAAUUCUUAUUGUUGAAAUGAAUUCAACCUUCUGGCCCAAUCUACACUGAACAAAAUAUAAACGCAACAUGUAAAGUGUUGGGCCCAUAUUUCAUGAGCUGAAAUAAAAUAUCCCAGAAAUGUC